UUGUGGGAUAUUGCGGCCCAGGCAGGCAGGCAGGCAGGCGGAUAGCGGAACGUUCGCCCGUUCGUCGGCGGUUAGGAAGGGCGCGCGGGAGAAGGGGGCCGUCCUUUACCCCGACGGGAAGCGCGGAGGGACAUACCCGCUUCAAAAAAAAGACAAGAAAAGGCGAUUUCCUCUCCUGGUUCUCCAGGACCCUUGACCCCCCCUCCCUUCCCCUCGAUGUGUUUGUAGUGCCGGAGCAGGAGGCAGCGCGAUGGCUUCAAGCAGCGGCACCGAUGUGAUCCAGGUCACCAACGUCUCCCCGAGCGCCACCUCGGAACAGAUGCGGACUCUCUUCGGCUUCCUGGGCAAGAUCGAGGAGCUGCGCCUCUUCCCUCCCGAUGACUCUCCUUUGCCUGUUUCUUCACGUGUGUGUUUUGUAAAGUUCCAAGAACCUGACUCUGCAGUUGUGGCACAGCAUCUGACAAAUACUGUAUUCGUUGACAGAGCAUUGAUAGUCGUACCAUAUGCAGAAGGAGUUAUUCCUGAUGAGACUAAGGCUCUGUCACUCCUGGCUCCAGCUAAUGCUGUGGCAGGUCUUCUGCCGGGUGGUGGACUCCUGCCUACCCCCAACCCACUUUCUCAGAUCGGUGCCGUUCCUUUGGCUGCUUUAGGAGCUCCAACACUUGACCCAGCCUUGGCCGCUCUAGGUCUUCCUACAGCAAACUUAAACUCCCAGUCUCUUGCAGCAGAUCAACUACUAAAGCUUAUGAGUACAGUAGAUCCAAAGCUGAACCAUGUAACUGCAGGCCUCGUUUCACCAAGUCUGAAAACAGAUACCUCGAGUAAAGAAAUAGAAGAAGCCAUGAAACGAGUACGAGAAGCACAAUCCCUGAUCUCUGCUGCUAUUGAACCAGAUAAAAAAGAUGAUAAGAGGCGGCAUUCAAGAUCUAGAUCACGUUCAAGGAGGAGGAGGACGCCAUCGUCUUCUAGACACAGAAGUCUCACAAAAAAACGAUCAAGAAGCCGAUCUAGAAGACGAUCUCACUCUAAAUCAAGAAGCAGGAGGCGAUCUAAAAGUCCUCGGCGGCGGAGAUCUCAUUCCAGAGAGCGCACUAGAAGGUCUAGGAGCACAUCCAAAAGCAGAGACAAAAAGAAAGAAGAGAAAGAGAAGAAGCGGUCUAAAACUCCACCAAAGAGUUACAGCACAGCCAGACGGUCCAGAAGCACAAGCAGAGAAAGACGACGACGAAGAAGCAGGAGUGGAUCCAGGUCUCCUAAAAAGCCCAGAUCUCCUAAGAGAAAGAUGUCAAAGUCCCCUUCACCAAAAAGACACAAAAAGGAGAAGAAAAAGGAUAAAGACAAAGAGAGAAGUAGAGAUGAACGAGAAAGGUCCACAAGCAAGAAGAAGAAGAGUAAAGACAAAGAGAAAGAUCGGGAGAGAAAGUCAGAGAGUGACAAGGAUGUCAAACAGGUCACAAGGGACUAUGAUGAAGAAGAGCAAGGCUACGAUAGUGAAAAAGAGAAAAAGGAAGAAAAGGCAACAGAUUCCACUUCCCCAAAACGCAAAGAUUCGCCGGCUGAAAAAGGGAGUGGCGAUGCAAGGGAAUCCAAAGUCAAUGGGGAUGAUCACCAUGAAGAAGAUAUGGAUAUGAGCGACUAAAUAUUGCCUUUGCAGUGAAAACAGCUGACAACAUGCAUCAGUGUCAUUCCUGUGUGAUUCCUUUAUGCUGUACUUGUUUAACCUUUUAAGCUAGAUGUAUACAACUGUAACUAUAACUGGUUGUAAAGCUCCUGAUAUUAAAUACUUACAUCAGAAUUUUAGAAAGUGGUAUCUGGAUUUCCAUUCUUGUUCUUGGCCAAAAUGAACUGAGCAGCCCGGCGAUUCUUCCUCGCUUGGUGCUGCUUUUUCCUUUUUGAGCAAAAAGUUGCAUGCAUCUUUGGCAGGCAUGGACUGUUUGUGUUGUAUGACCUUUUUAGUAAACCAGCUCACCUACAGUAGUGUUUAUAGCGUUUUAUUCAUUUGCGGUAAUAGCAAAAUAGGGAAUGCACUGGCUGCAUGUUAACUGUGGCAAGAACAUCCUCAUCUCUACAACAAACAGUGGAUCUGCUAAGGGUCUUAAAAUGUAGACAAACUAACAUUAGCUUCAUCUGGAGACAAAUGUUCUGAUAGAAAUAGAUAAUCUUUUUGGCCUCCUGGCUGAAUCUUUUUGUUGUGGAUUUGUUUAGCUUUGACAAGGUUGAAAUGCACUAACCUUUUUUGAUGCCCAGUGUAAGGAAAACGUUUUGAGUCUAAAUCUUUCUCAGGUGGUGUGAUUGAUUUUCUUUUAUUAUUAUUUUUUGGCAAUUUGUAGAUGCUUAUAAAAAAAAUCUCUGUAUUCUGCAAGGCAAGCUUUGUGUCUUCUUUUCUAUGGUUUUCAUUUUCUUUUUGAUUUUGUUUGUGAGUGUAAAAACCCUGCAAAAAAGGUAGUGCAUUUAAAAAAAAACUUCACAACGAUUUUAAAAUAAGUCUACUUGAUAAUGUAAUUGAUCUCAAGUUGUAUAAACUAAUACAUUUAUGUUACAGUCACUGAAGUAGUAACCUUUUGCACACAGUGAUUUCAUGUUAUUAUGCAAAGUAGUUGGGCAACCUGUUCUUUUAGUUCUGAAAGUUUUUGAAGCAUAUACUUUUGUGCAGGUAAAAGCAAGAGUAGGCUACAGUCUGUGCCAUGUUGAUGUACAGUUUCUGAAAUUGUUUUACAAGACUUUGAUAAUAAAACCCUUAAAUAUA